AUGCUUCAGUGCUAUGAUGAUGUUUUCUUGUACGUGGAAUGCAUGAAAAAAUUCAUUCUCUUUUCGUAUACAAUCAAAUCAUUUGUGCCUUUUCAGUGUUUUGCAUCACAUUAUGAAUUAUUAAAAUGGAAAUCAUGCAUAUUAGGAGGCUCACAAAAUGGAGUAGCAGGCACUGGGUGCAUUUGUCGAGAUCGCCAAAAUGAGCGAUGUAGCGCACAAAUGCACCGAAUGCUUCGUGAUGUAAGCUCAAUAUGUAUUGUUGCCGAAGUACUUCGGUGUAAUCAGUAUCAAAUAUAUCAUUUGGUACUGUUUACAAUGUAA